CUCUAUCUCGAGCUCGAGCUGAGCAAAAGCUCGCUGAGAAUGGCGGCGAGAAGUGGCAGUCGAUGCAAUUUCUGGCUUCCGAAGAAGAAAAGAUCAUGCGCCAAUACUCGAAUCGAGAGCUCCCUGUUUUGUGGAAACCAUAGCCAGAGAUCGGAUGGUCAGUGGCUUCCAUGCCCUAUUGAUCCUUCUCACUCUGUGUUGCAGGAGAAUCUCGAAAGUCAUGUAAAGAGAUGUCCUUUGUUGAAACAGAACGCUGCAUUGUCUGGUCAAGUGUUUUAUCAAAAGGGUAUUAAUGCUGGAAACGAAGAAGAGGAAGAAAAGAUGGGUUCUUGUUACUCUGUUGUUACAUCAGAGAUGAAGAGGAAUCUGGUUUAUAGCAUGAGUGUUUCUGAGUUUCAUCAGCUUAUCAAGAAGAUUGAAGCGGUUCAUUGCAGUAUACGUAAUGAUAUUGAAGAUUCGCAUUUGUCACCUGAAGCUUGUAACAUAUGGUUUAACAAGGAGAUAGAUAGGAGGUUACCGUUUCAAGAGAAACAUGUUUUGCAACAAGGUUCUAUUCUGGGUAACUUGGAAAAGAUUGGGGCAUUUAAGAGAUGUAACACAAAUGUUGAAUGUUGUGAAAAAGAUGAUGAUGUGCCUGCGGUUGUUGAAUUUGGAGCUGGGAGAGGAUACUUAACGCAGAUGCUAGCAGAUUGCUAUGGCGUCAAAAAAGUUUAUUUAGUCGAGAGGAAGUCUUAUAAGCUUAAGGCUGAUAGGUCAUUGAGGCAAAAGGAGAACUUGGUAUUAGAGCGUAUGAGAAUCGAUAUUGAAGAUUUGAACCUUAACGCGGUCGAAUCAUUACAAGGUGUUCCUUAUGUGGCUGUUGGGAAACAUCUAUGUGGUCCUGCAACAGAUUUGAGCUUAAGAUGUUGUCUAUCUAGACAAGAUGAUGAAAGCCCUGUUCUAAGAGGUCUUGCUAUCGCGACAUGUUGCCAUCAUCUUUGCCAAUGGAAAAGCUAUAUAAAUAAAGAAUAUAUCAUUGGCAUGGGGAUUUCUAAAGACGAGUUCCAUGCCUUGACUUGGUUCACUAGCUGGGCAGUAGAUGAUGAUCAUGGUUCCAAAGUUCCCGGUGUUGAAGGCAUUGACCUUAUUGCUUCAAAGGAGGAGGAAGAAGGAGACAAGGUGGAAGAUGAUUCUUUGAGCAGCGUUGAGGAAGUUGUGAAGAAGAUGAAGCCCAUGGAAAGAGCUGUUUUAGGGUUUAAGUGCAAGCAGAUUAUCGAUGCAGGGAGGAUGAAGUGGGUUAAGAAACAUGGGUUGGAUUCAAAGCUUGUGAAAUAUAUUCCGGCAAGCAUCUCACCGGAGAACACUUUACUGGUCGCCGGAAAGCUAAGUCCGGUUCUUGCUUGACCUUGUAUUGUUGAUGGUGACACAAUAUUUAAUAUUUGGUUGGUGAAGAUUAGUAGAUUAGUUACUGUAGUUGAAUUGAAGUCAUCAAUUUUGAUUCAUAAACUUAUGUGCUUGUUGUUAUCUAAACCGAAUCUUUAAAGAAAUAAUGGGUUCAUAUUA